AUGGAACGUCUUAGUAUUGAUUUCAAGGGGCCUCUGCCCUCUACCACAAACAACAAGUACAUUCUUACGGUUAUUGACGAGUAUUCACGUUUCCCCUUUGUGUUUCCCUGUCCAAACAUGCAUUCUAAAACAGUGAUCAAAUGUCUUGAAUCUAUCUUUAGCCUUUGUGGAAUGCCUAGUUUUAUUCAUUCAGAUCAAGGUCCUUCUUUCAUGUCCCAGGAACUGAAAAUGUACCUUUCUCAGAAAGGGGUUGCAACAAGCAAAACAACACCUUAUCAUCCGAUGGGGAACGGCCAGGUUGAGAGAUACAAUGGUAUUAUUUGGAAAUCUAUUCUUUUAAUACUUGAAACUCGUAACUUGAAGACUCAACACUGGGAGAUAGUACUUCCUGAGGUUUUGCAUUCAGUUAGGUCGCUCUUAUGUACAGCAACCAAUGAAACCCCUCAUGAACGUUUCUUUAGGUUUCAGCGACGCUCUAGUCUUGGAAAUACAUUACCAUCAUGGCUUUUGACUCCUGGAACCGUACUAUUGCGACGACAUGUUAGGUCUAGCAAACAUGAACCAUUAACUGAUCAGGUUCAACUCAUGAAUGCAAACCCAAUGUAUGCAAAUGUCAAAUAUCCAGACGGAAGAGAAUCAACUGUGUCUACUCGUGACUUAGCUCCAAGUCCUGAGGGUGCAAUGAUUCCUGUACACCAAGUUGAAUCGUUAAGAGAGAUGGAGUCCCCAAAUACACCUGGAGUGCAGGAUGCACAAACUCAUGUUACACCUGAAGUGCAGGAUGCACAAACUCAUGACAGUUCACAAACUAAUGAUAGCCGUGAUUCUCAUGUGCCCAGUGAGCCCACUGAGCUAAGAAGAUUCACUCGUGUGUCAAGACCUCCUGAUCGCUACGGAUGGGAUUAA